AUGCUAGGGAAAAUCAGGAACUGCAAGAAACUCACAUUGGGGAAACAACCACCGGUGGUGGAUAUGAAGUUUUAUGUCAUGUCAUUCCUCUCCCCUCAAGAUCUGUGUAAGUUGGGGAGCACAUGUCAAUACUGGCACACUGUUGUCCGUGACCCUGUGUUGUGGAGGUAUUUUCUAUUAAGGGACCUCCCCACUUUCAUCGACCAUAACUCAAUGCCAGACAUGGAGAAAAUAAGCCAACCAUUAGGUGGAUUAGACGACAGUACAAUGCAUGACUACAUGACAGAAUAUUUGAAGAGUUGCCCUGGGUGCAGAAGACGCUUGCGACCUUACAGGCGAGGGUAUGCUGCUGUUACUUCUUUCUUACAUUCCUUGGUGAUAAACACAGAGCCCCGGUUGGCUAUGUUUGAACCUGGCUUGGAACAACUGGAGCUUUCUUUGGUGAGGAAAAUGAGGCAUUCACUGGAUGUGAUACCUGUUGCAGGCUUUCCGCAGAGGCAAAUCAAUGGCAUUGGGUCAGGAAUUAGCUUCACGUUAAAUAACCAGCAGACAUUUAAUAUUUUAACACUGUACUCAACUACCAGGUAA